AUGCGGACAAAUAUCUUCUUUCUUUCGCUAGACAUUAUCCUGCUGGCCUGCUUGGCUGCAGCAAUGGAUGGCUGGGAUGAAGGAGCAAUGGCCGACUCACCAUUCGGAUCCGACUCGGGGACUUCUGACUCUGGAUGGCUGGAUGACUUACCUUCAGAUCAAGACUUGCACGAUGCCAUGACAAAGCAUCCGUCUCGUGCAGGAUUCCCCUUGUACAGCUUUCGCAGAGACCAGCCGGCUUGGCUGCCUUCGGGAGGACAACGUAGGCACGGCAGGUCGCACCACUAUAUUCCGCGAUUUAAACGGAACGUCGAUGGAUUGAUGUUCGGUCCGCUAAGCAUUGGUCUUGACCGGUUCCAAGUAUUCAAUUAUCCACAUAGUUUGCCACAUCUUCAGGCCACAUACUCGUACGGAAACGACUGGACGCCCAUCAACUUUGAGCUUCUGAGACAAGCCGAACUCUUGCAUACGGGCGUCUGGACAUACAGACCUGAGCCUCACUUGCUUGACGAUAUAGCGAUUGCCUUUGAGCGAUGGCACCGAUUCCAAAGUCGCAAACCCGAGCGAGUCGUAGGUUCCUAUGGGCUUCGGCACGGCCAGUUCACUUGGCCACCGGUCGAGUUCCUAACUGAUGUGCAUUCUCGACGCCUGGUUAUGCCCGAAUCCGCCAUAACGCAUCUUCGAUCGGAAGUAAUUGGUGGACUGGAAUCCCAUGGCGCUGACGUUGCCCAUGUCUACCAUCUUUCGCUACCAACGGCUCAUGGCACACGACACAUAAUGAUGACGCGUCUCGACACUGUCAUGAACACAAAUCUGCGUAGGCGAAGCAAAAACUCGGAUUUCUGGCUGCUACUGGAGACGCUAACGACGCCAGCAAGCUGGUACCGUCUCGAAACCAACAGGAACAUCUAUGCUAUAUUGGGUGGCAUGUUCUUACCGAAAGACGCUCCUGAGCUAUUCAAGGAGCACAUGUAUCCUGUUCGCGUCAAUACUCACUAA